UGUAAACGACAGUAUGCGGGUAAAGCCUUACGUCUUUGUUCAAACGACGACAGAAGAGGGAAGAAUCAAUCGAGGGUUUCAUUUCUCCUCCUCCUCCUCCUCACAAUUACCCUAUGAAUCAAUCAUCCACACUCUGAAAAUCCCAAAUUUCUCACUCGCUUUGUAGGAUGGAUUCAAACUCACAGUCUCCGCCGUGUGGCGAUUCUGACACCAAAAAUGUAUUUCGCAAGCCUUCUGGGGAGGCAGCUAAUAGGAAUUAUCGGCGCCGAUCACCUAUUGAUGGGUCAUCAUCACCUGAUGGUAGUCCCAGGAGAGAACACAGCUCAAGUCCAUAUCCAUCAAGGGAAGAUUCUAUGAGAGUCUCUCACCAUCAUUCAAGGAAGCUUGACGGAAGGGAACAAGACCGAAAAUACGGCAGAAAUCAGUAUGGAAGAAGCAGUGAUUCUCUUAGACAUUCUGACAGACAGUCAUUCCGGAGCUCCUAUGGUAACUCAAGACAUGACAAGUAUGCAGACGAGGAUAGAAAACAUGAGACGUUAUCAUCUCGUUAUGCACGUGAGUCAAGGGGAGAUCAUAUCAGAGAAGAGAGUGAUAGCAGAUCAAAAGACUAUGGGCGUAGUAUGGAUAAGUAUUCACGUGAAAAAUAUGAAAGGUCUGAUUAUAGAAACGAGGAGAAAGAUAUGGAAACGUUUUUGCAGCAUCAGAAAUAUAAAGAUUUGUGUUCUCCAUUUGACAGGUCUGGAUCUGGCAAGAGGUGUGCGGAAUAUGAUGAGGUGGAGAAGGAGAGGCGUACGAGGGACGGGGAUGGUCGAGAUGAAAGAAAGGAUUCUCAAAGAAGUUCCGGAGAACACAAAAGUGACCGUGCUGUUUCCUAUUCAGAAUCUAGGAGCCAAAAUGAUGACAUUGAGAUUAGUAAGAACAAGAACCAAAACUCUAGAAAGGUAGGUGGGGUGUUUGGUAUUGAAGAUAAAGAAUCUUUUGGAAAGAAACCGAAGUUGUUUGGUGCUGAGGAUGACAAUUCUGGAAAAGAUGCAGAUGAAAGGAAGACUUCAAGGUCAAAGCUUUCUCAUGAGAGCAAGCCAUAUGUAGGGGCUGCUAAGACCAGUGGUUUUGAUAGUGGCAAUGAUCUAGAUGCUGCAAAAGUGGCAGCCAUGAGAGCUGCUGAAUUAGUUAACAAGAACUUAGUAGGGCCUAAUUGCUUGACUACGGACCAAAAGAAGAAACUGUUGUGGGGCAGCAAGAAGAGUACACCCACUGAAGAGUCUGGCCACCGCUGGGAUAUGGCAAUGUUUGAUCGCGAGCGACAGGAAAAGUUCAACAAACUCAUGGGUGUGAAAGGAGAAGCCAAAGUGGAGCAGAGCUCCGACAAUCAAAAUGUCAACGACGAACUCCGUGCUGAGAAGCAGAAGGAACUCCAGCUGGAUCUUGAGAAACAGUACACUGCGGGUCUCCGGCGAAGAGAUGGCCGUACAGUUGGAUUAGGUCUUUAAACGUCCACAAGCGGAAUUUUGCAUCUUUUGACCUUGGCAGUUAUUUUGAGUAUACCAAAUAUUCACUAGUGUUAUUCACUGGAUUAGGUCUUUAAACAUUUAAACUUAUCAUGUGUUUGUUACAUGUUUGGGAGUUUAUCAUGUGUAUGAUCUCAUACUUUGAGGAGCUUAUCACAGUCGUAUAAUUUGAAUGUGACGGUUUGAUGCUAGAAUAUAUAAUGGAGCUGGGAGAGGUGUGAGGAAACAUAGACAGUGAUAAGCUUUAAAUUAGAAGUUUUGAAGUAAUGUUAUUUGAUACUUGCUUGA